CCAAUAAGUACGAUUCGAUCGCUGGAAUAGUUUAAACGUAAACUGUAUAUAAAAAAAAAAAUGCUCGUCAAGUUGUGCGCUAUCCUUUUGGCCCUUGGCCUUAGUCAGGCCAUUGCGUAUCCGCCCCUGCAACUUAGUAAUCCGCACCAGAACCUAGUGCAGUUCCUGAUACAAUCACGUGAUCUCGGCAACGAUGGUGGACAUACCCUUGAAUGCUUGGAUUAUUAUCUUCCCCUGCUGAACGACGUUGUGGAGACCUACAAGGCUGAUUUAAAUGCGUGUUUGGAAACAGCUAGUCAGGAGGUCUCACAGAUCAACGACAAUACCAAGGAAGAACGAGAUGCCAUCGAUGCCUCAGCCAAGAGCUCCUGCGAUGCCCUCACCGCAUGUAGUACAAAGGAAGCGGCCAUAGAUUACUUCCAGUGCUACAGUGAAGCCGGCUCCAACAACACCAAAACCAUGUUCACCAUCUCCGCUAACGCUUCGGAGCUGCUGGCUGCUGUGGAGGAGGAAGUGCGUCUCAUCAAGGUGAAGGAAGAGGUGUGCACCAACAAGACCCAGAGGGCCUAUGGAGAGAGCUACGGUCAGCUGUACGCGGAUUUGGGUGAUUGCAUUGCUGGCGCUCCAAUUCCAUCGGAAUCCACAAGCACCCAGGCCUCCUCCACGGAUUCUUCGACUGAUUCGACGUCCGCUUCCACCGAAUCCUCUACUGAUUCGUCCUCCGUUUCCACCGAAUCUUCUACUGAUUCGUCCUCCGUUUCCACCGAAUCUUCUACUGAUUCCUCGACUGAUUCUUCCUCCGCUUCCACCGAAUCGUCUACUGAUUCGUCCUCCGUCUCCACUGAAUCCUCAACGGAUUCCUCAACUGAUUCGUCCUCCGUGUCCACCGAAUCAUCCACUGAUUCGUCGACAGACUCCUCAUCCGCUUCCACCGAAUCCUCUACUGAAUCCUCGUCUGAUUCGCCCUCCGAUUCUACCGAAUCCUCUACUGAUUCCUCAUCUGUUUCCACGGAAUCCACAACAAGUAGUGGUGAAAAGGAAGCGGCGCCUGAGGAGGACUUGAAAUCCCUCUCCUCUCAAAACAGCAAUGACCUCCAGAAGAUUCUAAAGAAUCUACGGGUUUGGUUUAAAAAUCACUAAGCGAUCGUUUUAAUUUUAAAUAAAAGCAUAAACGAAUAAAACCCAAAUAAAUAUAAAUAUCUACUUUAUUUAUUCGAAAAU